AUUGUAGGAGCAGUCGAGGGCACCCUGCUUUCAUGGUUUGCUCAGGGUCAUGAAAAGAACACCGGUGCUGCUCUUCUCUUGCAGCAGGAAUGUUCGCCUCAAUCUGGUCGACAUUCGCAAUGGCACUUUUUACAAAGAACAUCCUGCUCAUACAUCACCCUCUGUGAAUCCACCUCUGUUUCCGAACCUGACCAUCAAUAUUCCCGCCGGAUACAUAUCUCAGCCCCAAGGGAGAUCUCGCGCGAGGAACCAAGCCCAUUGGGCCGUGAUUGGAACCUCUGCCUGCACGACUUUUCUGGAGAUCCUGAGAGGCUCACACCUGUGCUUCCCUCCCGAGGCAAGAUCCUAUCCCUACCUGGCCUCGAGCUACAUCGACGACAGCAAAGACCACCAGCUUCGGAUCCCUUCACGGGCCAUACAGUAUGUCGGGUUCAAUGACGGACAGGGACAGGCGUCAAGGGGAGGUAUAACGGGGGCAUAUCUAAGUGCACGGUACGAGAGUCGCAGGGAAGAGACGGAUUGGUCACUGUUGCAAUAUCUCAAGGGUGAGACCGAGUUGAAUCCCACUCGGCCGGCGAGGGAGAACCAAGUCGAUAAGAAAACACUCAAAAAGGCCAUAAAGGAUCUGCGGUUGCAGAAACUACUUGACAUGCCAGUGAGCAAUCUAAGUAAUGGCCAAACGAGACGGGCGAGGAUCGCAAAGGCCUUGCUCAAGAAACCAAAGCUCUUACUUCUCGACGAACCGUUCAUGGGACUUGAUCCACCAACCUUGGUCAGUCUUUCCAAUAUGCUUUUGGAACUUAGUCGACGAGCGGAUCCAGUCAUUCUCCUGGGGUUGCGACCUCAAGAUCCCAUCCCGGUAUGGGUCAACCGUCUCGCCGUAUUAGGACAGGACCAUACUGUUUCCCUAAUAGGGUCGAAGAAGAACGUUCUACACGGUGUACGUCGCUGGCAAGAUCUAGUUUCGAAUGCGCCAUCGGGAGAGUCGCCCGGGGAGGUGAGCAAUGAUGAGGACAUAAGGAGAAUUGUGGAACGGUACGGCCGUCCGCCAUCUGGCAUAGGUAUGAAACUCACUGCGGAGGGCAUUUCUUCCUCCAAGGAAUUCUCGUCGGAGGCUACUCCAGCCUUUGAAAAUUCGUGGCGCAAAGCUAUGAGGGCGCGACCAGGCACAGAAAGCAAAGACGUUCAUCUCGUCGACUUACUCGUACGGGCGUCCGAAAAGAUGAUUCCACAAGCCGCAACAAGCGUCUCACCUUCUGCUCAAAUCGAGCCGACUGGCACUUCUACGAGUCCUUCUCCCUCCCCUCAAUCCAGGGAACUUGGUUCUCCGCUCAUCGAACUUCAAGCUGUAACAGUCAAGUAUGGAUCCAAGGUCGUUCUGGGCCACGGGCCUGGCCUCACAUACACCAUCAGACAAGGAACACGUCUUGCGCUGCUUGGGCCUAACGGGUCAGGCAAGACAACUCUACUGUCCUUGUUGACCUCAGACCAUCCUCAAUCGUACAGUCUCCCAAUCCAAUUCUUUGGACGUUCACGUCUCCCAUCUCCCGGUACGCCUGGUUUGUCACUAUGGGAGAUUCAAGCACGCAUCGGGCACUCUGCUCCUGAGGUUCACGCCUUUUUCCCUAAAAACCUGUCUGUCAGGCGGGUCCUUGAAUCCGCCUGGGCCGACACCUACGCUGGAAAGCCAACACUUGAUGCCGAAAGAAACAGCAAAGUCGAUGCAUUUCUUAGAUUCUGGCAAUCGGAGCUGCGUCAGGACAGGGUGUCCGGUGACAACGAUAGCAGUCUAGACUGGGCGAGCGAUAAAAAUACCCACGCAUUCGGCAAGCUUCCAUUCAGCGCACAACGACUCCUUCUAUUACUUCGUGCGAUCAUCAAGGAACCCGACAUUGUGGUUUUGGAUGAGGCGUUCUCCGGUCUUUCUGCCGAAACGAGAGACAAGGCCAUGGAGUUUCUCGAGCACGGCUUGAAGACCCCCGAGUUCCAGGGUCUGACGCCCACCCAGGCCCUCGUUGUUGUCUCUCAUGUCAAGGAAGAAAUACCUCCGGUCGUGGACGAGUGGCUGCGUCUUCCCGGGGAAGAUGAGGUUGUGGAAAGCGGACGUGGCGUCGAAGAAGGUCGCACCGAGAGAGGAUAUAUCAGGACGAAUGAUGGCUGGAUGAAAGUCUGGGGCCUUGGGAAAUGAAAGCCAAGAGUCUCGAGGGAAAAAACCAUGGUUAAAAUGUAACUAUGUUUGCCUAGAUUUUACAAUGGAAUCACGAUAGCCACGGGGAUAACACUUACGAUGGUUCAUCAUUGAAUCUAGAUUACGGCUGUGAUUGUUUUGUACGGAGAACAGAGCGAGCAUUGGAUAGGAAUUAUACAACUUGUGACGACUGGGUGUGUCUC